AUGGGGCUUCAAGGUUCUUUCCCUCGAGGCCUUCAGUUCUGCAGGAGCAUGACAGGCCUGGACCUGUCAGGUAACAACCUCACCGGGCCCCUUCCGACAGACAUCGACCAGCAGCUGCCGUUCGUCAUCUCCCUGGACCUCUCGAGCAACGGUUUCUCAGGGGAAACCCCGCGCGGCAUCGGGAACAUGACGUACCUGAACACCGUCAACCUUCAGCACAACCGGUUCACCGGCCAGAUCCCGGAUCUCAUCGGCGAUCUUGCACGGUCCCAUCCCGGGCUCUGUCCAGAGGUUCGCAGCCGAAAACUUCGCUGGCAACGACGGCUCUGCGGGGCGCCGCUGGGCAAGUGCAAGAGGCGGUUCCAUGUGCGGAUACGCGCGCGGCCGGUGCGGAUACAUCUCAGGCUGCGUAGGGUCAACGACGCGUCCAGCAUCGGCGGCGCGGUGGGAUUCGUCGUGGGCUUCGUGGUGGCUUUCUACUUCCCGCAAUGGUUUGUGUUCUGCGGGAGUCUCCGGCCCUACGUCUUUCCUGUGUGCGCCUGA